GAGUUUGUAAAUGUACAAACUUUCGCAAGAGAGUCACCUUUGGAUGCUCAUGUGAAGGUGGCACUUCGUAUACAUCAGCACUCCAUGACGUCCAUAUAGUUCCGCGAGGGGUCUCUGUUACUCCUGGACUGCUGCCGGAGUGAGAUACACCCGAGGAAACAUGCUUGAUUUGAAGAAAGAGUGGAGCAUCUCCUUUGCGGGAUGCGGUUUCAUGGGGAUGUACUAUGUUGGUGCCGCCAGCUGUAUCCUCGAACGCUUCCCUCGCUUCAUUCAAGACGCUUCGAAAAUUUACGGAGCCUCAGCAGGAGCUCUGAUGGCCACUAUUCUCACCGUCGGGAUGCCCCUGGAAAAAUGCUGUGCGGAUUUGAUGGCCAUGGCCAAAGACGCCAGGAAGCACAAACUGGGGCCCCUGCACCCAGCGUUCAGCUUGCUCGGGUCCGUGCGGGAGUCUCUGCUGACGCAGCUCCCAGAAGACGCUCAUGUUCGAGCCUCUGGGAAGCUCUGCGUGUCCCUGACCAGAGUGUCUGAUGGGAAGAACGUGUUGGUGUCGGAGUUCAACAGCAGAGAGGAGCUCAUGGACGCCCUUGUGUGCAGCUGCUUCGUGCCUUUCUACUGUGGAGUUAUUCCACCAACGUACCGCGGAGUGCACUACGUGGACGGUGCCGUCAGCGACAACCUGCCACGCUGCCACCAGAGAAACACUAUCACCUUCUCAGCGUACGCUGGGGAGAGUGACAUCUGCCCCAGGGGGAGCGUCCUGAACUUCCACGAGGUGCGCUUCAACAAUGUCAGCAUCCAGGUCAACUCGGAGAACUUGUACAGAGUGACCAGCACCUUCUUCCCCCCACAGCCUGAGGCAAUAGCUGAAAUCUGCCAGAACGGCUACUUGGAUGCGCUACGCUUCCUGCAAGAAAACAAUCUGAUCAGCAGGGAGAGCCCCUUCAGAAGUCUGGAGACAGAUUCAUCCAGACUCGUUUGUUGUGAGUUGGUGAAGAAGCCGGCUGAAGAUCAGGAGUCUGGUGAGAACGCAGAGGAGCAAAGACUUGAGGAUGAUCACUUGUGGUUGGAUCCUAAGGUCAUAGAGAACCUCCCAUUCAACAUUCAGAAGGUGCUAUGUGAGGCCUGCAGAGAGACGCACACUGCUGGUGGUCUGUUGUCCCAGGUGACAGAGUACCUGCCGAAGAAAGUGACUUCUCUGGCCCAGAAACUAGUUGACUGGAUUCCAGAUGUGCCGAGGGACGUGAACUGGCUCUAUGGAAUGGCUGGAGGGAUUUAUAAGCAAGCUUUGAAGCACAAGACGGAGGACAGCGAAAGUGAAUCACCCCUCCGUAGAUCUACGAGCUUGCCUUCAGCCCUGAACUUGUGGAGUCAAGGAAGUGAAAACCCGGACGGUUUAACAGCAUGUCCAGAAGCUUCUCCCACGUCCAGCCAUGACUUUACCUUUGCCAAGCACAAUGUGACUCAUCACAUGCCCCUGACUCCACCGCAUACCCCCACUGCCGGCAGCACCUCCAAAUUUGAUGAAGCCCCCGUGACGUCACCUCCAAGUGCAGGUAGAGGCUCUUCGGUUUUGGGCAGGGCUGUGGGAUGGCUUCGAAAUAUUGGGCCUCCGCAAUCGUGAGACCUCAAGCCAAAGAAUUAGUCAGCGUCCAUUUCUGCGUUCAGUCUAUUUUGCACUUAAUUGAAAAUAUUGAAUAAAUGGAUGCGAAUGAAAAUACCAGAUAUGAGCAUCUGUGUCCAAUAAAAAGUUGUUUCUUCUUGUA